AUGUACACGUGGUUCAACUAUCACAAGCGUGCGAUCUUCGAGUUUGGCGAGCGUAACAGGGCCGCACCCAUACGCAUCAUUUUCUUCCGAGAUGGCCUUUCCGAAGGAGAAUACGCGCUCACGGGACAAGAGGAGAUUGAGGAUAUCACAGGGGCGAUUGAUGACAUCUGGCGGGACAAAGGCAUAAAGUGCGCGAAACCUGAACUGACUUUCAUCGUCGUAGGUAAACGACACUAUGUCCGAUUCUUCCCAAGGAACAGGAACGAUGGGGACAAGUCUGGUAACUGUCCCGCAGGAUUUGUUGCCGAUCAGGGAGUGGGAAAUCCAGCAGUGCGCGACUUUUACUUACAAUCGCACGGCGGUCUCCUCGGAACUAGCAGGCCGAGUCAUUACAUCACACCAAGGGACGACGUGUAUAAGCACAACACAGACGACCUGCAGGAGCUCGCAUUUACUUUGUGCCAUUCUUACGCGCGUGCAACGCGUUCCGUCUCGAUUCCGGCUCCCGUUUAUUGUGACUUAUAUCUAUUUAUCUACAGUGCAUGCAUCGUCUGCGCGCGUGGCGCGUUCCAUGUCAACCCCGCCAUGGGUUUCGACGCUGCUACUAUCUCUAGCCAUGACGACGCUUUUGACCUUGAACGCCGGAGGAAAAACUUUAAAGACAAACACGCUAAUUUGGCCAAGAAGAUGCAUUUCAUGUGA